ACACGGUGUAGCUGUAUAUAAAGGACCAAGUCCGUCAAAGACCUGGUUCUGCACUCGCAGGAAGAAGAAUUCUCUUCCCCUCCAUUUUUGACACCCUCAAAACUCAAACACUCUCCUUCUCCUCCUCUUAAACACUCCCCAACUAUCACACAUAACUCUCUCUCUCUCUCUCUCUCUCUCUCUCUCUCUCAAACUGUCAAGAAGAGAGAUCAAAGAGAAUAGAAUCAAGAUGGGCAAUGCUUAUAGAGAUCACCACCAUCAUCUCCACCAUAGAAACAGCCUCCAACACAAGGGCUCAUUCUUGCCCAUGUUGUGCUCGAGGCCGUCCAUUAAAGAUGUGAAGCUCCUCAAGUGGAAUGACGACAGAUCCGCCUCUUUCUCCGACGACCCGAUGUCGCCAAAGGUCGGCUGCAUGGGCCAAGUCAAGCGGACCAACCGGGUUGUCGGCUUCCCGACGCCCAACAAGCUCAUCGCCAUCACCGCAAAAGCCAAUGUCAAUAGCAGUCUCAAUAAGUACACCAAGCUGAAGAGGCUUUUCUCUAGCAAAAGCCUCCUCGCAUCCGCCACCACCUCCUCUGCCGCCACCCCAGCCUCGGCAACCGCCGCAGGCAGCUGCAGGGGUAGGAGGCAAAAGGAGAGCAAUGGGUGUGCAGGAGCCAAGAAGAAAUGUGAAAAGACUGAGAAUUCCAUCAGUUCAUCAGUUAGUAUUUUGGACAUGGAUCCCCCAUUGCCAGUGAUCAAGAAAGUGAGCAAACCGGCCACAGAAGGAGGCAGCGGAGACAGCGGAGGCGACGGCAGCCUGUGGAAGAGGAGGCUAGGUGGGGUUGCUUUGAAGAGCCUGGAGCUUCAACAGAUUCACCAUCGAAGACAUCAUAUGCAGCCGGUCACUGUUUGAUAGGAGG